CAACAACCGAUAGUAUUAGUAUUGUGCAUUUCCCAACGGAUAUAAAGAGAGUGUUACCGUAAUAUCGUGCAGUCUCUUAGCGGCAUCAUCAACGUACACUACGUAAUUUCUCGUCUUAAGUUAACGAUCCUAUUCUGUUCAGAGUGUUCUGUGUAUUGAUAUGCGGAAGCAUCAUCAUACUUGUAUCCUGUGAUUCUUUCAAGUGAAGUAACGUCGAUAAAUAUUUUAAAAAAUGUGGAUCAUUGGAUCAUUGAUUAGCUUCCUUGGUCUUCUACAAAUAUUGCCGUAUUACGCAUCGGCUCAAGAUGCACUGCCAUGUGUUAAUCCUUUGGGAUCCAAUGGUCUUUGCAUAAAUAUUAAACAGUGUCAGCCAUUACUGCAAAUUUUGCAAGAACAACGAUCAGAAACGUUCAAUUUCUUAAGAGCUUCCGUGUGUGGUUUCGAAGGUAAUGAUCCACGUGUUUGUUGUCCUAACAAUAAUGAUGACAAUAACAAUAAUAAUGGUAACGAAGAGGUUAAAACUACAUCUUACGGUCCUCUACAACCACCAAUUUGUGGUACCAGUCUUGGAGAACAUGACAGAAUUGUUAACGGUGUACCGGCAACAUUGGGCAGUUGGCCAUGGAUAACAGCUUUAGGCUAUCGCAGUAAAAAAAAUCCAGAUAUACCACGAUUUCUUUGUGGUGGAGCUUUAGUUUCUGUUCGACACGUUGUCACAGCAGGACAUUGUGUUUAUCAACGAAAUGAUUUAUUUAUGGCACGUCUCGGAGAUUUGGAUUUGAAUAGUACCACAGAUGGUGCUGACCCUAUUAACAUUUUAAUCCUAAAUAAAAUUCUACAUCCAAAAUACAAUCCAACGAGUUAUACUAAUGAUAUUGCUAUUAUUAAAUUAGCAGAAGACGUUCCAUUUUCACAAAAUAUUCAUCCCAUUUGUUUACCUAUUAUCGAGCCAUUAAUUCAUUCUAAUUUUGAUAAUACCUUCCCUUUCAUUGCUGGAUGGGGAGCAGUUUAUUUCAAUGGUCCAUCGAGUAGUCGUCUUUUAGAAUUACAAAUUCCUGUAGUUAACCAAGAAAGAUGCAAAAAUUCAUUUAAAUCAUUCACGAAUGCAGUUAUAGACGAUCGUAUUAUAUGUGCUGGUUUUGCUAGAGGUGGAAAAGAUGCGUGCCAAGGUGACAGUGGUGGACCAUUGAUGACUCCUCAUAAUAAUAGUUACUAUCUCAUUGGAGUUGUAUCUUAUGGAUAUCGAUGUGCAGAACCUGGUUAUCCUGGAGUUUAUUCGAAAGUUUCGUCCUUCCUUAAUUUUAUUAUAGAAAAUUUAAUAUAAUAAUGAUUAUAUUAUAAUCGCGUUUCGGAUUGUAUUGUACACGUAAUAAAUCUAAUUUUUCAAUUGUAAAAGUA